CGUUUUGACUUAUUUCAGUGUGUUGGUUUGUUUCCAAAUCCCAAAGGAAGUCGAAAAUGGAGGGAUCUGACUCUGCUCUGAAUCAUCCGUACUCGCCUCAGAAUGUAAAGCUACCGGGAUUUGUACCUGUGGUUUAUUCACAGGCCACCAUUCUUGGCGUUUAUGGCCUCGCUUCCCUACUCGUCGUUUCCCUUACUUGGCUCAUCUCAGGGAGAGCCCCGAAGAAAUCAAAACUUGAUAGGUGGCUUAUGUGUUGGUGGGCUUUCACGGGCCUCACGCAUUUGAUACUUGAAGGUUAUUUUGCAUUCUCGCCCGAGUUUUACAAGGAUAAGACUGCUUGUUACCUGGCUGAAGUCUGGAAAGAAUACAGCAAAGGUGAUUCAAGAUACGCAUUUAGGGAUGCAGGAGUUGUUGCUGUUGAAGGAUUGACUGCAGUUAUAGAGGGACCGGCUUGCCUUCUUGCAGUGUAUGCAAUAGCUAAAGGCAAGUCAUAUAGUUAUGUGCUCCAGCUUGCCAUUUCUUUGGGGCAGCUCUACGGAACUGCUGUAUAUUUCAUUACAGCCUUCUUGGAAGGUGACCACUUUGCUGCAAGUCCACUCUACUACUAUGAAUACUACAUUGCUGCCAAUGCUUCAUGGAUCGUUAUACCCACACUCAUUUCAAUCCGGAGUUGGAAGAGGAUUUGUGCAGCAGUACAGGCUCAAGGCCAGAAGAAGAACAAAACUCGCUGAGGUUGACUUCAGAUUUUUACGGUUUACAUUUUUUGUGGUUCUGUAUUGUGCCAGUUAUAAUGUUUCCAUUGAAUAAUAGUCUGAUUGGUUUGUAGAUUCAUUGGAUUAUGAAACAGUCACCAAGCAAUGAAUGGUUUUGGAAAGCUUUACAGACAAUGAAUGGUUUCUUUCACUGAGAUUGAUUAUGGAUUUGAUUGUCUCUACUA